UGUUAAUCGGCUGUGUAUGGUGCGCACCUAGCGCAAUCUAAUUGACCUAACCAGAUCGCAAAACCCAGAGUUGCAGCGGGUGCACAUCUUUAUACUGAUCCCUCUUCUCUGUUCGUUGCUACACUCCGCGGCUCAAACACCACUUAGAGUAUCGAUCGAAAAUGGAGGAACAGCAAAAGAAGGAGAAGGACAAGUACAGUAUAAUAGUCCCAACAUACAAUGAACGUCUCAACAUAGCCCUGCUUGUUUAUCUCGUCUUCAAGCACCUCCGGGAUGUUAAUUUUGAAAUAAUUAUUGUGGAUGAUGGAAGUCCCGAUGGAACUCAAGAUAUUGUCAAACAGUUACAGCAGGUGUAUGGCGAAGAUCACAUUCUAUUGAGAGCUAGGCCUAAGAAGCUCGGAUUAGGAACUGCUUACAUUCAUGGUUUGAAGCAUGCAUCGGGCAAUUUUGUUGUGAUCAUGGAUGCGGAUCUCUCACACCAUCCAAAAUAUCUACCAAGCUUCAUCAAGAAGCAGAUGGAGACAGGUGCAAGUAUAGUUACUGGUACCCGGUAUGUUAAAGGUGGUGGUGUUCAUGGGUGGAAUCUUAUGCGCAAAUUGACAAGUAGGGGUGCAAAUGUCCUUGCACAGACAUUUCUUUGGCCAGGCUCUAUCGAAAAUCUGUGCUUGAAGAUGUCAUAAGCUCUUGUGUUAGUAAAGGAUAUGUUUUUCAGAUGGAAAUGAUUGUUCGGGCUUCAAGAAAAGGCUACCAUAUUGAAGAGGUUCCAAUUACUUUUGUUGAUAGAGUUUAUGGAAGUUCAAAGCUGGGAGGAUCUGAAAUAGUAGAGUAUUUAAAGGGCCUUGUUUAUCUUCUGCUUACAACUUGAAAUGGAGUAAGAAAUUGUUGGCUGGCUACCAAGAAACAGUAUCAAUUUUGUUUUCUUCACACAAUUUGUUUCUCUUUCUACAAGUGUUGGUAACCAUAAAUUGCUUCCUCUAAACAUAUUUAUACUUGAAACUGUUCGAUAUCUGGGGGCAGGAACAGAAACACAGUAUUUGGUAAAAAAACUCUUUAAUGUCUUAAAAUUUCAUUGAUGGUUACAGCCAUUUGUUUGUCAUAUGUCAUGAACUUGUUAAGAUCAUG